AUGAUUCAAAAACCAUGUUACGCCCCUAUAUUUAACUUUUCUGAAUUCCUUGAUAAUUCGAUAAUUUCUGACUGUGAAAUUAUCUUGGAUGAUGGCGAGCCUCCAAUUAAAGCGCACAAAUUAAUUCUUGCAAAUUCUUCAUCAUUUUUCCUCAAUAUAUUUACAGCACAAAUGGAAGAAUCUGCAACAGGCAAAGUACCUAUUACAAAAAAUCCAGGAAAGCUCCUUAGAAGAGUUAUCAACUGGAUGUACGACGGCAAAAUUCAAUAUAACGAUGAUAACAAAGACCUUUUACGACUGUACGAGAUAUCCUUAUAUUAUGGAGUUUUAGUAUUAAACGAAAGCUUACAAAAAUUAAUUCGUGAAAAAAUCAAAACAGAAGAUAUUCUUGACUACUGUGAUUUUUGCUUUAACGAAGAACUCUCUCGUACUCUUGAGUUUUUGGCCGAAUUAAUUGGAGAAAAUAUUGGCGAAUUUACAGACUUAGAAAAAUUAUCACAAAUAUUAGAUGUUAAAACAUUUUCUUUAGCAUUGAAAUCAUCCAAACUCAAUACACGUGAAAAACUUCAAAAAAUUAGUAAAUUCAUAGGAGACUAUACAAUGGAGGGUAAUGAUAUCUCAGACCUCAAAGACGCCUUAAAUAAGUCUUCUGAUAAAGGUACUAUUAAUAAAGAUCAAUUAAAGAAGGAAUUCCCAGAACUUUCAGUUUUAUUAGAUGACUGA